AUGUCCGCCAUCUCACCGAGUCGCAUACUCCGAGCUGCAUCGCAUGAUAACCGGGCACUCCUAGAUAAGAUACGUGAGGUCGCCCAACACAAGGACAACUGGAGCGACACUCUAUCGCUGCCAAAAUCGAAGUUCCCUCCCCGGCCCAGCGCUGAACAAAUCGAAUCAGCUCGCCAACGAUGCGCCGAUGACCUGUAUGCCUGGCAGAGAGCCAAUCGACCGAGAACGAUAGUGCGCGAACGUGACGGUACAAGCGAGGAAAUUGACAACGAAUUCGUGCUGCACGAUGGCCCUCCAUAUGCCAAUGGCGCGGUCCAUGUUGGCCAUGCGCUCAACAAAGUCCUGAAGGACUUGAUGCUUAGAACAGAGCUAGGUCGAGGCAAGAGAGUGCAGUAUCGCCCUGGUUGGGACUGUCAUGGGCUGCCCAUCGAGCUCAAAGCGUUACAGCAACCAAAGUCACCUGGCAAGGGAGCAAAGGCGAUGAAAGACUCCCCAGGUCAAGAGGCAAAGGCUGCCGCUGCUGCUUCGAGCCAGAUGACUGCAACCGAUAUCAGAGCCGCAGCCAGGAAACUAGCUGGCGAGACUAUCGAAGUACAGAAGAAGAGCUUUCGCGAAUGGGGUGUGAUGGGCGAGUGGGAUGCUCCGUACAAGACCAUGGACAAGGACUUCGAGAUGAGACAGCUUGGCGUGUUCAACGAGAUGGUUCGCAAAGGGCUUAUCUCGCGACAUCAUAGACCUGUGUAUUGGUCACCUUCCUCACGUACUGCCUUAGCAGAGGCCGAGCUUGAGUAUGACGACAAUCAUCAGUGCGCUGCUGCGUUUGUGAAGCUACCUUUCACACGAUUGCCUAAAAUACUGAAGCAACAUCCUCUGGUGUCAUCUGGCAACAUGGGUGCUCUUAUUUGGACCACCACGCCUUGGACACUUCCUGCGAACAAGGCCAUUGCGGUCAAGGAUGACAUCGAUUACGUCGUAGCCGAAAUUAGCUCAGUCUCAGAUGAGGAUACUCCGAAAGAACAAGUGGUUGUUGCGAAGGAUCGCAUCGAGCAUGUCCAGUCGCAUCUACCCGAAGGCCACAUUAUCAGCCCAUUGACAGAAGCAAUACCUGGAGCUAAACUUGCGGACGGCAAUUCAGCUUGCUACAAUUUGUUUACCGCGACGGCUUCGCCGAUCUUACAGGCCGACUUUGUGACUGCCACUUCUGGAACUGGUCUGGUUCAUAUGGCACCCGGACAUGGCAUGGAGGACUACCAAGUCUGCCAACAACAGGGCGUCGGACCCGCGUUAGCACCCGUGGACGACGAAGGUCGCUACACAUCCGAGGCGUUUCCAGCUGGCAAUAGCGAGGCAUUCACGGGAUUGGAUGUGCAGACGCAAGGAGUGCAAGCCGUGCUCGAUGUCCUGAAGUCCCCAUCCCUAUUCAUCCCAAAAGACGUGUCGCAUAGCCAUGGCAGUCUGCUUCUCGCUGCGCACAAGUUUAUCCACAAGAACCCAAUCGAUUGGCGGACUAAGCAACCUGUGAUUGUCCGUGCCACCGCACAGUGGUUUGCAGACGCCUCUGCCAUGAAGGAUCGGGCACUGGCAGCGCUCGAUGAUGUUACGUUCAUUCCAGAAAGCGGAAAGAAACGACUUCGAAGCUUUGUUGAAGGUAGAAGUAAAUGGUGCAUCUCACGACAGCGUGCCUGGGGUGUUCCAAUCCCAGCACUGUACAAUGUAGAGACUGGCGAAGCUUGCAUCACAGAUGAGAGCAUCAACCACAUCAUAACUAUCAUUGACGAGAGAGGCAUUGAUGCAUGGUUCUCCGAUCCUGUGGACGAAGCAUCGUGGCUGCAUUCAUCACUGGAACCUGAGAAAUGGAUCCGAGGCAAAGACACCAUGGAUGUGUGGUUCGACUCUGGGACUACUUGGACUUCGCUCCAGAACAGACACCAGGGCGGCCAUCUGAGUGAUGUCUAUGUGGAAGGCACCGAUCAGCAUCGUGGCUGGUUUCAAAGCAGCUUGCUUACUGCAGUCGCGACACAAGAUUCAAACAACAAGCCAAUGGCUUCCUUCAAGCUACUUACCACCCACGGCUUCACUCUCGAUGGAGAUGGCCGCAAGAUGAGCAAAAGCUUAGGCAACGUCAUCUCACCGGAUGAGAUAAUCUCAGGAUCACUUCUCAGUGCUCCAAGAGGAAAGAACAAGAACAAGGCCAAGAAGCCAGCGCCUACAGGGUCGAAGACUGCCUCCAUGGGUCCUGAUAUUCUGCGUUUAUGGGUGGCUUCGUCGGACUAUACCCGAGACGUAUCAAUCUCACAGCCUGUACUGCAAAGCGUCCAACAGGCACUGAACAAGUACCGCAUCACAUUCAAGUUCCUACUUGGUGUGCUACACGACUAUCCUACUCACUCGCCAGAUGUAAAUCUGCUAUCCGAGCUUGACUUCGCUGAUAAGGUCGUGUUGCAUCAACUGGCGAGAUGCAGCAAGAGUGUCUUUGACUAUUCCGGCGAGUACAAAUUCUACGCCGCCAUCAACGAGAUCAACAAAUUCGUCAACAACGAACUCAGCGCAUUCUACUUCGAGAUCAUCAAGGAUAGGUGCUACACUGGCACUACAUCCGUUCGGCGACACACCCAGACAGUGCUUCUUGUCAUCAUGCAAGAGCUCAUGAAGAUGCUUGCCCCUGUGACACCUCAUCUAAUCGAGGAAAUAUGGGCCUGGUCGCCUGAGCAGAUGACGAGAUUGCCUGGCGGCACUGCUCAAGAUCUCUCAUUACAUCCUCUACGACAGAUCUGGAAGCAGCCAUUAGAUGUAUCGACCCUAGGUCUCGACAGCGCGGAGCAGCUGGACGAGGCGCUUGAGCUGUUCAGGAGUAUCAAUUCUGCAGUCAAGCUUGCGCAGGAAGGUGCUCGCGGUGCGAGAAAGCUGGGUAAUGGUCUGGCAUCUGAGGUCGAGAUCUAUCUUCCGGAUAGCUUGUUGUCUUCCAAGAGCGGCAGCUGGCUAAAGCAGAACGAUUUGGCUGGCCUGCUUGUCGUCAGUAAAGCCACGGUGUACUCGACAUCGGAUCACAAAGCCGACUCUGGUAACGUGGCAGAGGUUGGAGAAGAGUCAUGGCACUACUCGCGGCCCAUCGUGUACUCCACGGGCCAAGCCACCGAGCUCGGUUCAGAGAUGAGAGUUGUCGUGGUGCCCCCAGAGCACGAGAAGUGUGUACGAUGCUGGAAGUAUACGGCAGAAGAGAAGACUGUCCCGUGUUCGCAGUGCGUGGAGGCACUCGCAGAGGGAUAUAUUGACAACCACCUCCCGACGAGCGACUAG